UAGAGCAUAAGCCCAACCCGGCUAAACAAUGUUUUACAGCUUAUACGUCUUCCGUAUAAAACCUUCCACCUAGGGUUUUAUCGUUUCGUCAGUCAUCAAGAGCAGCCGCACCAUAGCUUUGUGUUCUGUUAAUCAAUCUCUGUAAUCACAUCAGCUGGUGAAAGAUGGAAUCUCAGAUCAAGCACGCAGUUGUGGUGAAGGUAAUGGGCAGAACCGGGUCGAGAGGACAGGUUACACAGGUGAGAGUGAAGUUUCUUGAUGACCAGAACCGUUUCAUCAUGAGGAACGUGAAAGGACCAGUCCGAGAGGGUGAUGUUCUUACUUUGCUCGAGUCCGAGAGAGAGGCUAGGAGGUUGCGUUGAUUUCGGUUGUCUUGUCAUCAUCAUUGCAAUGGUUCAGUUUUUACUCUCAUUUUGGUGUUACUUUUGAUGUUUGUUUUGAGUUGCAGACAUGAUGUUUUGGUUUUGAGAAGAUAUGAUUAGUGUAAUAUGUGUUUCAUCUUUUGAAUGGGUAAUUGAUUCAGUAGUAAAACACUGGAUAUUAAGUUUAUGAUAUUUUAGGUCAUUUGAGAGCCA